AUGGAUCAAAGUCUGACCCAGCGUUUCGAUCUGCCCCCUAAAUGGAGCGUCAUCGACUUUAGCUACUCGCUUCGGCACUCGUAUGCCAAGUUCGUCGUCAUGUGCAACCAUGUCCGCUACGUCGUCCACGCCUCCGACCUGGCCCUGGCCUCGGCACCGGACCUCCGCGACAAGUUCCUCUUCUUCCUCGACGUCGCCGAGCACGACACGCUCAACGGCUACACCAUCGACCACUUUUACACCUGGGCCCUCGCGCCGCUCCUCCCGAUCCUGCGCGCCGCCCACCAAGACGCUCCGCCAGGCAGCCAAGCCGCCACACUGCGCGACGUGCUUCACGCACCCAUCACCGAGUACGCCCUCGAGGCCGAGUUCGGCCGGCUUCUGCUGCGGCCCGCGGCGGAGGAGAACCUGGACGCCUACCUCAUGUUCGGCGCGCGCCUGCCCGCCGAGCUCUGCGGCCCCUGGCCAGCGUACCUGCCGUCCCACCUACGUCUGGACCCGCGCGACGACCGCGCCGCCGUGCCGCGCCGCGUCUUCCUGCCCAGCGGCGCGCCGGCCUUCUUCCUGCUCGCCGACGCGCUGCGGGCGCACGCCCGGAUGCGCGCCUCGGCGCUGGUGCCGUCCGUGCGCGUGGCGCGCCUGAUCGGCCUGGUGCGCGACGAGGAUGCGACCGUGUCCGGCAUGCUGCUGACGUACGUGGAGGGCGCGACGGGGUCGUUGGCGCGUGCGGCCGAGGCGGGUCCCGGACCAGGGGCGGCGCCGGAGAGACUCAGGAGGCGCUGGUCGGAGCAGGUGAUGCGGACGGUGCACAGCCUGCACCAGAGCGGGCUGGUCUGGGGCGACGCCCGGCCGAAGAACGUGGUGAUUGACGGGGAGAAUAACGCGUGGCUGGUCGGGUUCGGCGGGGGGUAUGCGGCGGGAUGGGUGCCCAAGGAGCUGGCGGGCACGGUGGACGGUGAUUUGGCGGCGUUGAAGCGGAUAAUAGACUACACGGAGGAGGGUCCGCCUAUCGAGAGUAGUUAA